AUGUUGAGAACACUAUUGUUGGCAUUGAUCGCCGUUCUCAUUGCCGGAUAUAUCGUCGAUGCACGAUUCUUGGACGAUCCUUAUUUCUUGACAUCUCGAACAUACGCUGAUGAACCGUUACAAAUGAUGCCAGUGGUGCUCCCACGGAGAGCAAUUAGGCAAGUCCUAGAAAAUCAGCCACUACCGUGCCGUUUCAAACUUUGCGUCAGCUACUAUUAG